CAAUUUAGCCGGGUUCGGAGGGGGGAGGCGUGGCCACAGAAGCCGCCUGGUCAUGGCCGCGGCGAUGGAGGAGAAGCGGAGGGCGCCGCUGAGCCCCGGAGAGCCUGAAGUGUUCGAGAUUGUCCUACCAAUUAUCAUCUUUGAGUUGAGCGACGAUGAUUUUUUGGAAAACGAAGACGAAGAACAAACAGCCUUAGAGGAGAAUCCAUGCUGCCUUCGUUCUGGGAAAGCUGCGGCUGUAAAAGAGGGCGGGGGAGCAGAAGGCGACAACAAAGAUCUUUCGAACGAAGGCGCCCAAAGAGCAAAGCCUGCAGGGAAACGAGCUGCGCCCGUCAAAGUUCCGAAUAACGAGAGAUGUGACGAAGAAGUACCUGAUGCAGGUGAAGACUUAAAUGCGGUUUCAUUACGGAAAACAGCGGAGCAUUCAGAGCCUGAUCAGAACGGGGUCUUCAGCUUCUUCGACCCCAAGAGGCAGAACAGAACAGAAAAAGAGGACAGGAAAAUCAGCGACUUUGUGGGUGAUCGCAGAAGUGACCAAAGGACGCUGGCCUCUCUGGAUACCCAGAAUAAAAGAGGGAGAAACACGAAAGACGGUGUCAUAAAGAUGGCAGCAACGGUUUCACAGGGGGCGGCUCCUGUUGUAAACAAACGCGUUCAGGAGAGCCUACCAGAGCUUCCUGCCGUGGAUCCGGGUGGAAGUCUUAAUUACGAAGGUACUGGCCCUCUGGAGUCUGGAUACAACAAUACCACCAAGAGCCCUAGAAAGGGCAGUGAACUCAAUAAAGAAACUUGCUGGAAUAACAAGUCGGGAGAGUAUCUAAAUGUUGAGUAUCCAAAUGUCGCUGAUCAAAACCGACAGAGUGCCUCGCCAAUUGUCAGUGGCGAUUGCGUUCCUGGAGAUUUUUCAGGAAAUGCUGAAAAUCUAACGCGGGAUGAUCGCACUAAUCCUGAGCCAGAUGGUGCUGGAAACUUUGUCCCACCCAAAGCGGCUGACUGUCAAGAGAGGCACGACGUGGAAGAAAACAUGAAAGACACUAACGAAAAUGUAGAGAGUGAUCAACAGUUGCUGAUGAAGAACCUAAAAGAAGUGUUGCUGCCAUGCAAGAAACGCAACGACGGGGCUUCACUGACCUCCACAAAGAAGCAUGCAAAAAUAACAGACAGUUGGACGUGCUUGCUGUGUAAUUUUAAAGCUACACCUUCGGCUCGUUUAAAAACACACGUGUGUACCAUGCAGAAGAAUAAAAAUAAUCACAACAUUAUCCAGAGCUCGUCCUUCAUUUCUUCUGAACACUGCCGUAAGUUUAUAAAGCAAAGAAAGGCCCUGAAGAAGGGAAGGACAGAUCAAAGCAAUCGCGGAGAAGAUAGGGACGAGGAGAAACUGGCUGUGGAAGAGAAACAAAAUGAGAAAUUCUUUAGCAAAACGAAGGUGCCUGAGCCUUCAGAAAGCUUCUGUUGUAAACUAUGUUCCUUUGUUUGCUCAGAUCCAAAAGAUUUUUCACAACAUGAGAAAGAACACGACGACGGACCACCAUAUCAGUGUCCUCAGUGUGAAUAUGUCUCCGAUGACCAUUUGUAUUUUCUGAAUCAUUUGUACUGGCAUGCUGGCCACGAGCUAUACCAGUGUAACUUCUGCCCGUUUCUUUCUCUUCGUGCUAACAGCAUGGUCAAGCACUGCGACCUCCAUACGGGAGCCAAGCCGUAUUUGUGUGCUGUCUGCCGGAGGGGGUUCGCAAGCGCGAGUGGCUUGAAGAGACACACAACUGCACACCACAGGGAGCAAAAAAGCAGCCGUUUGCGUGUCGCUCGGGAGAAAGGUGUGUGUCCUCCAAAGACCUAUAGUUGUGACAAGUGCAACAUUGUGUUUCAUACCCAGGCAUGUCUGCAGUCUCACAACAAAUGCCACAUGCAAGAAAAGAAUUGUGAUGCGCCUUCAACGAAUGUCCAAAAGUGCAGGACCCAAGGAAGAGCGGACAAAAAGGCAGACGGCUCGCGAGAAGGGAAAACGAAUAGCCCAGACAACUCGGCGGAGGAAGAAUCUGACUAUUCCCGAUGCAUGUAUAGUUGUGAUCGGUGCGGCUUGGUGUUUCACAAAAAAGAGCACUUGGUGCACCACCGGGCCGUUCACGGGCAAGUUCAGCCGGGCAAGAACGUAACUUGCACCGACCAACGAUCUGGGGAGGAAGCCAAGUUGCCUGAAGCGCAGCCUGCCGGUCAGCCGGCUCUAAAGCUGUUCAAGUGCCUGCAGUGCGCUUACGUGACGUCUUCAUUCAGCAACCUGCGCGUCCAUUUUGCUACCCACACCGGCAAAAAGCCGUUCAAGUGCCAGGAGUGCGGGAAGUCAUUCCGAAACUCCAGCCACUUAAAGCGACACAGCUUCCUGCACGUGCAGGACCACCGCCGGUGCAGCUGGUGCCUUUUCAUAGGCAGCACUUCAGAGGACCUGAAACAACAUGAGGAGACCUGCAAAGACAAGGGGCCGGGGGGCAAAAGUAGACUUCGCCCCUCUACUUUAAGGCGCGAGAGAUCCGGGAAACAAACGGACGGGGGAGAACCGAACAGAAGCCGGGAGAGCGGGGCACGUUCCCGCAAGUGUGAGCACUGCGCUUAUUCUACCUAUUCGUCGGACAACCUGAAGAUUCACACAAGGAUUCACACGGGCGAAAAGCCGUACACUUGCGCCGUGUGCCAGAAGACGUUUCGGACCUCUAGUCAUCUGAAUCGCCACGCAUCGGUGCAUCUGGCAUCGAGGUUCGACUGCAGCAGCUGCGACUAUUCGGCCAACACCUGGCAGUCUUUUAAGCAGCACAUGGCGUCGCAUGGGAAUGUUCACGUCCCGCACAGCAGCCAAAAUCCGAAGAAACCCCCCUCGCCCGUCAAGAUUUACAAGUGCGAAAAGUGCAGCUACUUGACUGUCAAAAAGGAAAACUUGAAGGUUCACUUUCGCAUACACACGGGUGAGAGACCGUACAAAUGUCGGCAUUGCGGUCACACUUUCCGUACGUCUAGCCACUUAAAGAAACAUUUGACCGUGCAUUUAAGGCUGCAGUGCGACAAAUGCGAGUUUUCUACCCUAGAUGAGCGUGCUCUGCGAAAGCACACCCAGACUCACAAGAAGAAGAAGCGUUUAGCUGAUCAGGAGCGUUCUACUUAUAAGAAGGUUUACAAAUGCAAAGAGUGCGAAUUCACAUUUUCCGGGCUGCGCAUCUUUAAAGCGCACGAGAAGAAGCACAGAGAGUUAAAAAAAUAAGACAAUAAAAAGACUAAUCCCUUGAAUCAAGAAA